AUGCCCAAAGAACCAAGAACAUCCACGUCUCGUAAAUCGAGGACACCACCCGUCUCCGAUCGUAGUUCUGGCCGUCGGAAAAAGUCACGCCCGAAUCCACGGGCCACCACCUCUAGUUCUGAACCAGAGCAGCACCACAAACAACAGAAACCUCCCGUGAGGGAGAGGGAUAUUGGCACUAGUCAGUGGCCUUUAGAGUACUUUCCCCCUCCCCCAGAUGAUGGUCACUGGGUACCAAAGACCGGCGGAAAGCCAAUCAACAAGAUUCCAGCCAAACCCUCCGGUCUUCCGCCACCUCCAUCUCCCACCCUUCAGCCCCCUGUGAUGCAGUUGACUUACCCCCCUCCCCCGCCGUUUACUGCGGGCGACCCCACCUGGCUUCCUGAAAUGGUGAACGACGUCCAGCGCCAACGCAAUCAUCUCCAGACGCAACUUGGGCUGGCUCAUGCAGAGGCGUCCUCUGCACUUGUUGAAGCCACGCUGGUCCAGGCGGAGCUCCAGCGCGAGAUCGGUCUGAUGCAGACAUUCCUAAAUCAUGCCGCUCAUAUUGCUGGAAAUGGGUUUGUGCGGCGUCUGCUGAGUGAUGUCGACAGCAUCAUCGCACACCGCUUGAAUCCAGAUGAUGAUGAAGUAUCUGACGUGUCUCAGGAUGAGGCGAUAGAAGAAGAGGAGGAAGUAGAGGCAGCGGUCACUGAAGACGGCGAGAGUGAAGCGGAGGAUGACGCACCGCGCGUCGACAAAGGAAAGGGAAGACUAAUGGAGGCGGACGUCCAAGAGGAACGAGAAAGGGAGUCUAGUGAAGAGGAAGAACCAACAGAAGAUGCAGACACAGAGCAGUUAGCAUGGGACGCACCCAUCCACAAAAGCCCUCCACCCGGGAUAGAAACCAACCCCUUGGCUGUGGGCAGGAGACGCGGCCGCCCUCUACGUCGCGACCCGUAUCGGGUUCGGGAAGAUCAUCGUGGUGAACCUAUACUUUACGAAGUCAGUCAGCUGAAAUGUUCUGCUCCUGUCUCGUGCUCCCUUUGCUAUCACUACUUAUAUCACCUCCGUAAUAUAUUGCAAGAGACUCAUAACGAGUUUGAAAUUCCCCGAAAGCAGUGA